GGAGCUCCUGUCUGUCUGUGACAUCACAGCUCCUCUGAUUUCAUCACCGUCUCAGACCAUCGACAGCUCACACCAUCGACAGCUCACACCAUCGACAGCUCACACCAUCGACAGCUCACACCAUCGACAGCUCACACCAUCGACAGCUCACACCUCAGCAUCUCUGUUUUUUGGCAGAAGGAAGCGGUCGACACAUUUCCUCUGGGCUUUAAUUCAGUUGCUGCCGUCGGCCUGACUUCACCAACUCUUCUUCAGCUCCUCAUCCUCACUGCACAGUGUUAAAACAUACCACAAGAUACUGCAAUAGUCCAGCGUUACCAGAGGCCACGGACGCCGGUCGACCACAAAACCUGCUGGAAAAGAAAGACACGGUUCACACGCUUACAUCUUCAGAUUUUUCUCUCAUUUCCUCCGUGGACUUUGGUUCCAGGGUUUUUCUCUCUGCGCUGACACAGGAUGCCUCCAAACACCUCUGGUCCGGGUCUGGAACCCUCCGUGGACAUGGACUGGGCCGUGGACAUGGACUGGGCCAUGGACAACGUCACCAAAGUUCUCCUCACCCUGACGGUGGUGCUGGGCAUCACAGGGAACUCCACUGUCAUCUGGAUGGCUGGAUUCAAGCUGAAGCCAAAAGUCACCAACGUGCUGCUGGUCAACCUGGCCGUGGCAGACCUGAUCUUCUGCGUCACGCGUGUCUUCUCCCUCAUUAAGAAGUUUCUGGAGCACUGGCCCUUCGGGGUCUUUGUCUGCAAAUUCAACGGCUUCUUCAAAUACGCCAACAUGUUCUGCUCCGUCUUCCUCCUGGCCGUGAUCAGCCUGGACCGAGUCCUCUGUGUGUGGAGGCCUGUUUUCACCAAGAAACGGCGCACCCUGCUGGCCGCCAGGGUAGUGGCUGCCUGCGUGUGGGCGGCCGCCAUCGCUCUCAGCGUCCCUUAUUUUUUUUACCGCAAAGUCUACCUGACGGACCGGAACGUGACCAAGUGUUCCCUGGAGGUGAAGCAGGCCACGUUUGGUGACGAGGAGGUCAAACUGGCUCUGUACGCCGUCAGGUUCACCUGCGGGUUCCUGCUGCCCUUCGUCGUCAUCCUCCUCUGUUACGUCCUCGCCGGUCUCGGCAUCCGACGCACGCGGCUGGCCAGGAAGUCCCGCCCUCUCCGCAUUCUGGCGGUGCUGGUGGUGGCGUUCUUUGUGUGCUGGGCGCCGUACCACUGCCUCCUCCUGGUGAAGAGGGUGGACAGCAAGAGCAGGGUGGUGAAGGUGUGGUCUCCGGUGGCGACCAGCGUGGCCUACUUCAACAGCUGCGUCAACCCGCUGCUGUACUUCUGCAUGGGCCUGGACGUGAGGGGACGCUUCAGGCAGAGUCUGCUGGCCGUGUACAAGAAGGCUCUGGAGGAGGACGUGGACGGACAGACGACGCAGUCGAAUGAGCGCUCGCUGGAUGAAAGCGGUGGCUCCAAACAAACGACCUCGGCCGCUCCGGGACGGAGUCAAACGUGGGAGGUCGUGGCUCAUGUUUGAGUUUCUCCACCGACUUUUUCCCCAAACUCGCUUCAUUUUACUGUGAGAUGAAUGUUUAACGUCAAAUGAAGACGUCGUUGGAUCAGAUCUUUAACGUCUGAUCUCCUUCGUGUCUGUCCAGGUGUUUCACUGGUGUCUCAGCAGGAGACCAUGUGACCUCCGUCCACCUCGGGGCCGUGUUUGUUUCCUCCUCUGUUAAAGUUGUGUUUUCUGGCUGUCUCUGCAGGUGUGUGACUAUAAAAACGUAAAACUCCGUCUCUGGGUUUUUUAUUUUUAAACGCUGUUCUGACAAAGUAGAAAAGUGGAAGUAGAGAAGGAAAAACAAGAAGGACCGCAGACGAGGAGCCGUCUGAGCGCUGAAACAGAGACCACGCUGGAGGAAGUUGACUACAGGAGGUGGCCCGCGGGCCAGAUUCUGGUCUCUGAGCAAAACUGACUUUUAUUUUUAUUUUUUUAAUCUUUCACUUACACAUUGAUUCAUUUAUUUUCUGUGAGUUACGUGAAAUGAUCAAACAGUUACAAGAACAACAGGAAGUGGCUGCUCUGUCCAACAAAUAUAUAAACAAAUACAUUUAUAAACUAUGACGCAAUUCCCAACUACGUUGUCCUUCUGCUUCGUGAACUCUUACCAGAAACCUAAACUCUUUCUGUAAAUGUCGUAAUACUGUACGAGUACACUGUGUCGUUCAUUAAAACACCACAAGAUGGCGACAAAACCACGUGGUCUGGAGAGGAGGGAGUUUCACAGUGUUGGGGAGACCGACUCUUUUUUUACUGAUUCUGACCUUUGACUCUCGAACAGCAAAAUGAAACGAAUCAUUUCAUUCAUUUUACAGCAGGUGGCGCUGUAGCCCUAAAGAAGGCUGCGGUCCUCCGACACUACAACCUGAAGGAGACACGGUUUGUUUACGCUGAAAGUCUAAUAAACAAAAGACCAUAAGAC